AUGGCCUUCCCAUCCAAGCCAUUGACCCAACUCCUGGGCUCAAACGGCCCAGUCCACGCCCUAACCUACUCCUCCACCCCCUCAACCUACAUCCUAACCGGCUCCUCCGACCGUUCCAUCCGCCUCUACAACCCAUCCCGGCCCGCCGCUGGCCCAACCAACCCCCUCGCGCCCCCCACGCCAACCCAGCUCAUCCAGACCUACACCGCGCACGGCUACGAAAUCCUCGACCUGUGCGUCUCCAGCGACAACGCGGCGUUCGCCAGCGUCGGCGGCGACCGCGCCGUCUUCCUCUGGGACGUGGCGACGGCGCAGACGACGCGCCGCUUCGGCGGCGCCCAGGGCCACGCGGCCCGCAUCAACUGCGUGUGCUACGGCGGCGCGGGAGAGUCCGUGUUGAUCAGCGGGAGCUUCGACGCGUCGGUGCGGAUGUGGGAUGUUAGGAGUCAGUCCGGGAAGCCGAUUAUGGUGUUGAGCGAUGCGAGGGAUAGCGUCAGUGCGGUGCUUGUUGGAGAGGGCGGGUAUGAGGUUUUCAGUGGGAGUGUGGAUGGGAGGGUUAGGUGUUAUGAUGUUAGGGCGGGUAGGCUGGAGACUGAUGUUAUUGGGGCGCCGGUUACGAGUUUGAAGCGGACGAGGGAUGGGAAGGGGGUCUUGGUGGGGAGUUUGGAUAGUUGUGUUAGGUUGAUGGAUAGGGAUGGCGGCGGACUGUUGAGGGCGUAUAGGGGGGAGGGGUUCAGGAAUGAUGAGUUUAGGUGCAGGAGUGCGUUUGGAGGGAAUGAGAGAUGGGUUGUUUGUGGGAAUGAGGAGGUGAAGGGCGCGGAUGGCGAGGUGGUGGUUUGGGAUACUUUAAGUGGGAAGGUUGUGGAGAGGGUCAGGAUCAAGGGGAGGGAAGGGGAGGCGAAGAAGAAGAUUGGGCGGGAUGGGAAGGAGAAGGAGGGGAGGAAUGUGGUUAGUUGUGUCGCGUGGAAGGAGAAUGGGAGGGGAGAUCAGUGGUGCUGUGCUGGGACGGAUGGUAUCGUCACUGUUUUCGGCCCUCCUUGA